AUGCUCAGCAAAGAUCCCCAAGACGAGUCGGCUGAUCGCAAGAGCGACAUCCUUGUCGUACACAACAUGGACGAUGCAUCAGUCCAGGAUCAGGAGAAGGCACUUCCGGGCCGAGGCGCAGACCAGGAGACGGCAAAGUACGCAGCCGAGCCCACAAAGAUCAGCGAGGCGGAGAACAAGCGUCUCUUCUGGAGCAUCAAUCGCAGGGUGCUGUCCAUCAUGCUCGUCACAUACUUCUGUCAGUCGCUCGACAAAGGCACGCUGAACUUCGCAUCCAUCAUGAACAUCAAGGAGGAUGCCAACCUCAAAGGCCAAGAGUACCAGUGGCUCGGAACGAUCCUCUACAUGGGUAUCCUCGCCGGCGAACUGCCCCAGAACCUCUUGCUUCAGAAGCUGCCCGUGGCCAAGCUGCUCGCCGUCAAUGUAUUCUGCUGGGGAGCGGUCGUCGCCUGCUCGGCUGCCUCGCACAACUUUGCCUCGCUCAUGGUCGUGCGUUUCCUUCUCGGCUUCUUCGAGUCGACCGUACAGCCCUGCUUUAUCCUCAUCACCUCCAUGUGGUACAGAAGAUCCGAGCAAGCCGUUCUCACAUCCCUGUGGUACUGCAUGUCGGGUGUCCAGCUCAUGGUCGGCGGCCUCCUUGCAUACGGUGUCGCUCACUACACCAAUGGCGUCAUUUACCCCUGGCAGCUUCUCUUUAUGGUCCUCGGUCUCGCCACUGUGGCACUUUCCGUCGUCAUCGCUUUCGUCCUGCCGGACAGUCCCAUGUCGGCCAAGUGCUUCACCGAAGAUGACAAGCGCCUGAUGGUGGAGCGCGUACGAGAGAACGAGACGGGCAUCCAGAAUCGACAAUUCAAGCGUCAUCAGGUACUCGAGGCACUCACCGACCCGUUCGCAUGGUGUCUCUUCGGCCUCAUCGUCACGGCAAACCUCGUCAUCGGAGGCCUCGGAGUCUUUUCGAAUCUCAUCAUCUCCCAGUUUGGCUUCUCCUACCUUCAGACCCAGCUGCUCAACAUCGCCCAGGGAGCUGUGACUAUCAUCGUCAUGGUCGGAAGCGCCUAUGUCUCACAAAAGUGGGGCCAAACAUGCUUCACCAUGCUUCUCUGGACCAUCCCGGCGGUGGUGGGCACCGUGGUGAUCCUCGUCGUCAAGCCCACCAAGAACAAUGCCGGAGGGCUCCUUAUCGCCUUUUACUGCACUCAGUUCUUCCUUGCACAGGGAAACAUGAUCAUCUCCUUGGUCUCUCGCAACAUCGCUGGCCAAACCAAGAAGAGUACGGUGAUCACCAUGACCUUUGUUGGCUGGGCCGCUGGCAACAUGGCUGCCCCGCAAAUCUUCCAGACCAGCGACGCUCCAAGGUAUCGCAAGGGCUUCAUCGCCCAUCUGUGCAUCUAUGGCGCCUACACGAUGCUCGUGGUUGUCACUCGACUUAUCCUGUUGCGCAAGAACGUGACCAAACGAUCUGCCGCUGAGGACUCCAGCAACUCCGACCGUAUCGAUCAUCAGCAAGCCUUUGACGAUCUUACCGACCAGGAAAAUCGCAACUUCCGCUAUGUCUAUUGA